UUUGUUGCCUCUUCUAGCUUCUGGACCAUUACAUUGUUUACAAGGUAAGUGAGGAGGUUAUUGGACCUUAUUUUCUUGGCAGAGUAUAUUUUUGGAAGAGUUUGACUGCCAACAAAUGUCAGGAUAGUUGAAAUCCUAAAAUUCCCUAUUACUACAGCAAGUCUCCUUUCUGAAAGUGUGGCCAUCUGUUCCAGGAAGGCAUGAGCCAAGUCCUCAGUCUAGUUUGGGGCUCUGUAGUACACCCGCAUAAUGGCAUCAUUGUUGUUUCUCUCCCCUUAAUUUUUACCCAGACAUUCUCAAGGUGCCCUCCAGGAUUUAAGUCAUGGAUCUUUUCACAGGUAUAAAUAUCCUUGACAUAUAGUGCUACUCCUCCUCCCUUCUCUGAAAUGCUGUACCUCAAUAUUACUACAUUCCAAUCAAACUCAUCCCAUUAGGUUUCAGUGAUGCCUAUCAAAUUUGCUUUGCUGUAUUAAGAGUUUAGGUUCAUCUUGUUUAUUUCCCAUGCUCUGUGCAUUAAUGUAGAGACAUCUAACACCCCAAGUCAUACCCCCUAUAUUCUUGUUUACAUUCCCCCCCCCCUCGCAUUGUUGGGUUCUUGUACUAUUUACUCAGUUCUCUCUAUAACGCCAGCACUUAAUGAACUCCUGUCCUCAAGAAAACUCUCUUCCUCCCACACAUAACUCAGUUUAAAGACUCAUGAUCAUCAGGUUUGUGAAACACUGAGAAAAAAUGUUCCUGCCAAUUGCUGAGCGACCCACCACUUGCCAGAGGUUCAUCUUCAUUAAACAUUGAUCCAAGAAGCCAAAUAUUUGCCAGCAACACCAUUUGCAGAGCCAGUUGUUCACAGUGUAAGAACUACUGCUGUCACUAGCUUACAAAAUGAAGGCAGAAAAGAAGCCUCGGAGCUCUUCUAGGGAGCCCCAUGAGAAAAACAGAGAGCCAUCAAUUCCAAAUAGCAAAAAAGAGAAAAUGGAACACAGCCGGAAAACUAGCAAAGAAAGGCAGAAGUCCAGACAGAGGAACAGAAAGAAGGAGACCAAGAGCACCCUGGGAUGGGACAACCAAGUCCAUACUUCCACUGUGGUAGAUGUGGAUGAUGUGGUAUCAUUUGAGGAAGAAGCAGAAGUGAUGGCCCUACUUGAAAGUGAGAAGGUGGAGGAAGGUGUAAAGUCUGCAGGCCUAGGAGUAUGUGAGUGGCUUCUUGUCAUCCUUUCAAUCCUUUUCAUAAUGGUCACAUUCCCCUUCUCCAUCUGGUUCUGCAUGAAGAUUGUACGAGAGUAUGAGAGAGCCAUUUUGUUUCGAUUUGGACGCAUUCUUCGGGGAAGACCCAAAGGACCUGGCUUGUUCUUCGUCCUUCCUUGUCUGGACACCUACCACAAAAUAGACCUUCGCAUUAAAACCUUAGAGAUCCCUUUCUAUGAGGUCAUAACCAAGGACAUGGUGAGUCUAGCAAUAGAUACCGUCUGCUACUAUCGUAUGGAGAAUGCCACACUCCUUGUGACCACACUAGCCAAUCUCUCUAAUGCAGUCCAGCUGCUAGUACAGACCAUUGCAAAGCGUUUGCUGGCACAUCGGUCCCUCACUGACAUCCUGAUGGAAAGGAAGGGCAUCAGCCAGGAGAUAAAGGUGGCCGUGGAUGCCAUCACCUGUCAAUGGGGGAUCAAGAUGGAGCGCACAGAAAUUAAAGACAUACAGCUGCCGGCUGACCUUCGGGAGUCAUUGACUGCACAAGCUGAAGCCCAGAGGCAGGCCACUGUGAGGGUGAUAGCUGCUGAAGGAGAAAAGGCCGCCUCUGAAUCCCUGAAGAUGGCAGCUGAGAUACUGUCCCACACACCGGCUGCAAUCCCACUCCGUUACCUUCAGCUGUUGCAAAACUUGACUGGAGAGAAACGUUCCACUUUUAUUUUACCAUUACCUUUUGAUGUUCCGAAUCUUGCAUCAGUAGUGAGCUCAAAAUUCAUCAGCUGCAAUCCCUCUUCAGAUACUACCAACCACCCAGAGGUUCCAAAGGACAAGGAUUCACCCAUGCUUUAGGGAGUCAGCAAAAAUCUGAAGAAUUCCAAUGUCAAGCCCUGUCUCCUGGUGAUGUUAUUAAAUCCAUGACAUCUUUUUGUCUAAUAAAAUUAAAUCUUUUCCUUAAAUUUUUAGAACACUUGGUGUUGUUCAAGAGAUCAAAAGGCUUCUCUACAUAUUGGCAAGUACCAAAGCAAGCUGUAGGUAAUGGGGAUUACAAGAGAGAGAAAAACGUAUUUCAGGAUGUUGGUCAGUU